CUGACGGCAAAAGCUUUGAAACUCAAACGUGAAAAUUUUGGAAAGCCCAGGUUUCUCAAGUGGGAUAUAUAGUUUCAGUGAUACAAACUUAAGAUGUCGAAUGUGGAACGAAAAGUAAAAUUUCCCCACUCUUUGGUAUUUAAAGAGGUAGUCAAAGAGGGAGAUAGUAGUGAGAUUGUUGAAUUUUUGAAACGACCAAGCGUUGAUACCGGGAUAGUUAAUACAACACUGACAUCGACUCAUGGUGGGACAGCUUUACACGAAUUUGUUCGUGACGGCAAUAUGAAAUGCGUUCGUGUUUUAGUUAAUCUCGGAGCCGAUGUUAACCUACACGACUGCACAGGCUGGACACCUCUGCACUACAGUGUGAACUCGGAAGACAUGAGGAUCACGAAGUUUUUAUUAAAACACGGAGCGGAUCCUGACGUCUUGAGCUACGAUGGAAAAACGCCGGUGGACAUUACGGAUAAUUUUGAAAUGAUUGAAUUAUUGAUGGCUCAUUAUGGCAAUUUAUAACAGACGUUCAUAACUUACGCAAUAUUCCAAAUCCGUCCACGACUAUGAGGACUGGAUUAGAUUUCAAACCCGCACAAUUUGAUCAAGUCCGAGGCGAAGCCGAAACCGAAUUGGAGGUUGAUUUGAAAUGACAUCUAAUACGAAUAAAUCACUAUAUACUUCAAGUGAGGUAAAUUAAUUUUGAUCCAAUCCUAGGACUGGAUCAAUAUAUAUACUUCAACAGGCAUCCAGUAUUAUAAAGCCUCGUCUCUGUAUAUAUAUGCUCGUAAUAGUCGUAAAAAUAGAGUUACGAUCUUUCUCAACGGCCAGUUUAUAAUAGUUUAUACAGGGUGUCCCAAGAAAAAGUACCCUCUAUAGAAAUUUAUCCUAUUGUUGUUAAGCACAGGAUUUUAUGCGACUGG